UGUGGAAGCAGUUAAAGGCCGAGCUUGUGUUGACAGUGUGGUGACGUAAGGGCCCCUGGGCUCCUCUCUCUCUUUCACACAUACGUACGCGCGCACACACGCACCCGGGCAGCAGCGGCAGACAGCUCUGCGCCGCUCAGUGUGCGGAGCGGAGGAGGACGGACAGCACGCGCUGUAGUUAUGCCUCAGCUCCGAGAAAACGCGUCUCCUCCCGCGAGCUCUCUCUUUCUCGUCACCCUCCACUUCUUCUCCUCCAGACUUUACUUCACCUCGCCCCUCUGUUUAGCACCAGGAAAGCAGCCGUGCGUCAUGGCGCCUUUUUGCGCGUGAUAGCCGGAUAUUUCAUAAAGUGAUUUUUGUUUGUUUUAUUUUCCUCCUCCUGGACUGAAAAGAAGCGAGUUUGUUGCGGAGAGGCUGGCGGGAUGAGAGGAUGAGGGCUCGUUUCCAGCCCGACUGACUGCAGCUGAUCUGCGUGGAGGGACGGCGUCUGUUUUCCUCCAAACGUUCCUGCUCUGCUUCUGUCUGAAAACGAGCCAUCAGCUCCGCAGGAUCCCGCUGAUUUGCGGUGAUUUCUCCUUUUUCUCUCUUAUAUUUCCCGGAACUAACUCUUUGUUUCUUACAUUUUACGAUUUUUGUUCAUUUUUGGAAUCGACGUGAAGGUCAGUGGAGAGAGUAGCGCAAUCCCUGCGCGUCAUGAUCCCAUUUUAACACCAAAUACCGGCGGUGCGCCUGUUCUCCGCGCGCCUGACUGCUUGCUAGUGUGUGAGUGUGUUUAUGUGUGUGUGUGUGAGCGCUCCUGCCUCUCUCUUCGUCUCCUCCCCACCGCGAGGACUCACACCCUUGUAUUUAUAUUUUUCUCUCCAUCCGAGGCUCCGGCUGCGAGGUUAAAUGCUGGACCGGUAUUUCUGACUGUAAAGAUGCUGAGCGGCGUCCUCUUUCUGAGCGUCCUCACGGUCACCAGCCUGUCACCGUCCGAAACGGAGAGCCGCAAAACUUCAGCCUUCAAAGACAUCUGCAAGACGCGCUGCGCCUGCGAGGAGCGCGAGAACAUCCUCAACAUCAACUGUGAGAAUAAAGGAUUUACCACCAUCAGUCAGUUCCAGGCGCCUCCCAAUAAAAUCUCCCAGCUCUUCCUGAACGGAAACUUCCUGUCGCGGAUCAGCGCCAACGAGUUUGUCAACUACAGCAAUGUCACCUCUCUGCAUCUGGGGAAUAACGGCCUGCAGGAGAUCAGAACCGCAGCUUUCAACGGCCUCCGCUUCCUGAAGCGGCUCCAUCUGAACAACAACAACCUGGAGGUGAUUAAAGAGGACACGUUCGCGGGGCUGGAGAGUUUGGAGUAUUUACAAGCAGACUAUAAUUACAUCAGCGCCAUCGAGCCGGGUGCUUUCAGUAAGCUGAACAAGCUCAAAGUGUUGAUCCUCAACGACAACCUGCUGUUGUCUUUGCCUGCUAAUAUCUUCCGCUUUGUGCUCCUCACCCACUUGGAUUUACGUGGCAAUCGUCUGAAGAUGCUGCCAUUUGCUGGGGUGCUGGAGCACAUCGGAGGCAUCAUGGAGAUCCAGCUGGAGGAGAACCCCUGGAACUGCACCUGUGACCUGAUUCCCCUCAAGUCCUGGCUGGACACCAUCUCCGUCUUUGUGGGGGACAUAGUGUGUGAGACGCCGUUCAGGUUGCAUGGCAAAGACAUCACUCAGCUCAUAAAGCAGGACCUGUGUCCACGUAGAAACGCCGGGGAGCGCGUCCACCCCCCAUCUGACUCUCACUUUCAGGGGGCCCUACACCCAACAUACCACCCCGCCGUCAUCACUCCCACCCGCGCCCCCAAAGCUUCCCGCCCACCCAAAAUGCGCUACCGGCCCACCCCUCGCAUCUCCAAGGACAGACAUGUUUUUGGGCCUAUAAUGGUUUACCAGACACGCUCCCCCGUCCCCAUGCUGUGUCCCAGUGUGUGCGUCUGCACGUCCCAGAACCCGGACAGCGGGCUCAACAUCAACUGCCAGGAGAGGAAGCUGCAUAACAUCAGUGAGCUGAGCCCCAAGCCGUCCUACCCGAAGAAGCUCCACCUCACCGGCAACUACUUACAGGUGAUCUACAGACCCGACCUGGCCGAGUACAGCUCGCUGGAGCUGCUCCACUUAGGAAAUAACCGGAUUGCAGUCAUUCAGGAGGGUGCGUUCGAGAACCUCACCAACCUCAGAAGGCUCUAUCUGAAUGGAAAUUACAUUGAGACCCUGUCCCAGUCUCUGUUCGCGGGGCUGCAGUCCCUCCAGUAUCUGUAUUUGGAAUACAACAUCAUCAAAGAGAUUUUUCCACAAACAUUUAAUUCUCUGCACAACCUGCAGCUUCUGUUCCUAAACAACAACCUGCUGCGCUCGCUGCCCGACAACGUGUUCGGGGGCACCAUGCUGACGCGGCUAAACCUGAGGAACAACCACUUCUCCCACCUCCCGGUUCAGGGAGUGCUGGACCAGCUGUCGGCCUUCAUCCAGAUCGACCUGCAGGAGAACCCCUGGGACUGCACCUGCCACAUCGUGGCGCUGAAAAACUGGAUGGAGCUGUCCAGCACCAGCGUGGUGGUCAACGAGAUCACCUGCGAUUCGCCGUCCAAGCACGCCGGUCGCCUGCUGCGCUCACUCCGCAAUGAGGCCAUCUGCCCCGAGCCCAGCGAGGUGCCCCCCCCCCACCAUGUCCCCGCCACAAAAACCCCCACAUUAAUGAGUGCUGCCACUGAAGCCACCACCUCCUCCUCUUCUUCCUCCUCCUCUUCUUCUUCCUCCUCCUCUCCCUCCUCUUCCUUUAGCCCAGCGAGCCCCACGGAGUCGCGCCUCCACAUGCCGGAGCUGCACCCCGACGUCCCGCUCUCCGUCCUGAUUCUUGGCCUCCUGGUUGUUUUCAUCCUGUCCGUCUGCUUCGGGGCGGGUCUCUUUGUUUUCGUCCUGAAGAGGCGGAAAGGGGUGGAGCACGUCCCCACGGGCGCCAACAACUUGGACCUCAACUCUUUCCAGGUGCAGUAUGGCUCCUACACCCCUGAACCAACUCAAGACAAAAACUCUGAAAGUCAUGUUUAUAACUACAUCCCUCCACCGAUGGGCUCCAUGUGUCAGAACCCCAUUUACAUGCAGAAGGAUGGCGAACAGGUGGCGUUUUACCGCCACCUGAAGGAGCUCAGCUUUGGGCCCCUGGAUGCAAAGAAGGAGGACGUCCUGACCCGCAGUCCGGGGGCCUACACGAUCAGCACCCUGAAUUUCAUGGAGAAAAGUCCGACUUCAUGUGGGUUGACCACCUCGGAGCCUCCUGAGAUGCUGUAUCAAAACUUGGGGGAGAGGCCCAACAAGGAGCUCCCCAAAGCUGCAGGUGCCCCUCCUUUCACCUACAACUUUUGCACGUUGCCUAAGAGGCCCUGCAUCGUGCCCCCUUACGAGGCGGCAACGGCCCGGCGGCACGUGACCAACCAGGACAGGUUGAACAAAUGUGGGCUGUACGGCACGCCCAGGAAAUACUUUGGGCCAGAACAUCCUUCCAAAAACAAUGAGCAUCCUGCACUGCUGCUCCCUGGGAAGCUAAAGACAGAACCGGACUACCUGGAGGUUCUGGAGAAACAGACUGCCAUGAGCCAACUGUAAGAUAGCCACAAUAACCACACACUUCCGGUAAUAAUCAAUAUAUCUAUAAUAUCUAUCUGUGUUCAAUCCCACGAGACGGACUGAAGGCGAACAGAAGCUUCUGGUCUCUUUUCCUUUUCUUCUCUCCUUACUUUUCCUUGUCAAGAUGUAUAAAAAGAAUAUAAGAGGUAUAUUAUUAUGCAGUUCUAUUUUUUCUCCUAGCAAAUAUAAAUUAUUUCUUCUCUUUUUAAAACAUGAAAUUCUAGAAGACUUUGCAGGCAUUUGAUGUGCAGGACUAAAAGACGACUGAGUGUUUUCUUCAUCCUGUAUCUGAUUGGUCCCUGUGUCAGAUCAUUACUGUGUAGAGGAGGACAGGCUACACACGGACUUUCCUGUAUAUAUUUAGGCUACACAGAUAAAUGGUGAGUGUUGAAACAAUAACUUUUCCCAAAAUCCAACAAGCGUCAAAUCUUAUGAUACUUCUCCAGAAAGUGCCUUUGCACUCAACUGUUUUAUCAACGAUGCUCUGCAAAAUGGAAAUGUCUUUUUAUUUGCUUUGGUUUUUCUUUGGAAAGUGAUGUAUUUUAAUCAAAUCUUUGUGUAAAAUAGAAAACUUCUUUGUCUGUUUUAAGGAAAAAAAUGGGAAAAAAGGACCUGAGACUGAAGGGGAAACGACUUGUUGAGAGGCAGGAUGGUGUUUAGCUCUGAUUAGAAAGUGUCUGGAAAUGUAAAACUUUGUAGGGGAGCAAUACUGAACAGCAAGAUGGCUCCAUUAAAUUUUCACUGAAGCACUUUGUCAAGA